CGUGAGCGCGCGAAGUGGGCUGUGUAGUUGUUGGAGUCGCUGGUGAAUGUUCUGGAAAGGUGCAGCAUCUGGAGAAUUACAAUAUUAUUAUAUGGAAUAUCUGAAUUUAAAAUGGGUUCCAUUCUACUGAUCUGCCAAGAGGAAUAUUCUAUUACGGUUGCAUCACUGAGCUAGAUGUUAGAACAGAAUUCGAGGAAUGCCAUGUAUGAUUUUGCAGCCUCUUGUCGAGAAGAUUUGGGGCCAUUAUGUUCAAAUUGGUUUGAGGAACUUAGUUUGUUGGCAGCUUCAAACCACCUUAAACAACCUAGAAAUGACACUCGCUGCUUUAUUUCAAGUUAUUUCAAAACACCAUGGCAGAAACAGACUCUGCACAGCCAGCUAGAUUGUACUCCAUCAAUUUUCAGUGGUCUAACUUUAAUAACUCCGUCAGUAUCCGUGACAGAAAAAGGGAAUGAUGAAACUUGGUUGAAAGGAGUAGGAAGCAGUUAUUCCUCUGUGACCCAAGGAAUUAAAACUCCAUACAAGACGAGCGGGAAUGAAACAUCAAACCCAGCCUCUGAAAUUUCUACAAUAAUGAGCCCUAUUCUGUUGCACAAUACGUACAGGGCUCUACAACACCCUUGCUCCAUACAAGAUGGUGGAUGUUCAUUUUUCAGCCCUCCAGUGUCAUCUGAGGUCACGUCAAAGCAGAUUUCGGAAAGUCUUGGGGUUGAGAUGGAUCCUGACAUGUCUUGGACCAGUUCAUUAGCAACUCCUCCAUCAUUGAAUCCAACAGUCAUUAUAUGUAAAGCCAAAGAAAAUAACCUGCCUCAAGACAGGCCAAAGGAAGUUCAAGUGCCUUUACUUUUACACAGCAAUUUAAAUACACAAUGCGAUGCAUUUGCUGUUGGUCUAAACAGUGUCCAUGCAAUGCCUGUAAUUGGGGAGGAGGAAGAUGAAGAAGUGGAAGCUGUUAAUCAGAGUCUUGUGCCUGGAGAUGACCCAAGCAGUUUAUCUAAUAGGAAAAGCGAUGAAGAUGAGAAGCUGUUUAUUUCUAGGACAGUGUCUGAUGAAUCAAUGUCUUUCACUGAGCCUACACAUUUGGAACCAAGAAGAGUGAAACUCUAUUCUAGAGAGAGAAUACAAAACUCUACAGUUCACAACUUUCGGUCGAACACUGUUAAAACUUUAUCACCUUGCUCUGCUGAUGAAAAGUGUUUGAAAUGCAUCAUGGCGGAAUCAGACUGCAAUAUCUUUUCAAAUAACUUGACUCUUAGUCCAGUUAAAGAGAGCCAUCCCAAACAGAUUUUUUUGAAUGCAGAUGACUCGGGCGUCAAUUUAAACCAGAGUCCUGAUGGUCACUCACAUGACAACCAUUCAGAGAAGGAAUUAUCAGCUUGUAAUACAACUUCUUCAUCUGUCUGGUCUCAGCUAAAUCUGUCAGAACUUGAUGAGAACCAUUUGAUGAAUGAAUAUUCUGUGGCAGGUUCUUCUCCAGAUAUGUUGUGUUUGAAAAAUGUUGGUGAUCCAAAACUCAUUUCUAAUGGAGAAGCUAAUAAUCAGCAAUUGGGUAAUGCUUUAGAAGAAAGCAUUAAAGGAUCCAGUUCUGUGACCUGUGAAAAUAUAAUUCCAAUAUUACACAGGCCAACUUCUCAUUCUUUAACAGGCAAAAUAACUACACCAAAGAUUAAUUUUAAUCAUUGUGCAUUUGCUUAUGAUUUCAGCACAGUUGAUGAAAGCACAGAGCAUUCCAGAGCAGAAGUGAAAGCAAGUACUCCAAAUCAUGCUCAUGGUAGAAUGCAAUUGUCAAAGCUGCCCACUUCUGAAAUUCCUCGCGCAGAUUAUUAUAAAACUGAUGAUUCAACACCAGUUCAACCAUUUGUUGAGGAAUGGUUGGAUCCGAAUUCAGAAACUGGAGCAAUCAAACUUCUUCCCUUUUGCAAGAACGAAAGAGCACAUGUGAAAGAGAGAAAUAACCUUGAAAAUAAAAUGAAUCCAAUACAGCCCAUAACUACUUUGGAAGAUCAGAAAGUCAGUUUUACAGACUCUCUCAGUAAUGACAAUAUUCCCUGUCAGUAUUCUGCUGUAGAUUCUAGAAUGCGCAGGGACAGUGUUGACUGUGUGACAUGUCCAGAUGCAGCUAAAAAUUCCUCACUGGUUCAGGAUUUGAUAAAAUGUCAAGUAAAUGAGGAAUACCGUUGGCUUUCUAGUCUGAAAGGGUGCCCAAGGAAAUUUGUUUACACUGUGCAAGAUCCUUCAAAUCAUCAAGCACAAAAGAACAUAUCUCUGGACAUAACAGAAUCGCAAAAUAAAACACUGAUUCAGCCAAUGUUACAACAGCCAUUCUGCAAAUUAUCUGCUCAAGAUUCCAGAAAGCGAAUAGAGUCUGCGAAAGGUUUCACUUCUGCUGCUUGCCAAGAAAACAAAGUGAUUACCAGUAUUGAUGAUCCUGGCAUCAAUCACUCUGAAGCCAAUGAAAACCUGCAACAGAAUCACUGUCCUCCAAAGGAAUGUGUCAGUGUACAAAAUGGAGUAGUGCCUCAACAUCUUAAGGAUGAAACUGGUGAAAAUGUAUCCGAUGCUUGCAGUAACAGCAAGAUUAGGGAUCAUUUUGUGAACAGCAAGCCUGUUUCUUGCGACAGAAGAGACGGUAGAAUUUUUGCCAUGGCUUGCCACACAGUGGCUAAAACGUUAGCUUUUGAGUCUGAAGUGGUAUUGACUAAUCAUUUUGAUGCCCGGACUGAAGAUGCUGAGGACAGUCAUGUACUUACAGUUGUUAACUCUGUUCAGCCAGAGAGGACAUGUGUAAUUGAAAACAGUGUUAUGGAGAAUAAGGGAGGAUCCUAUUUUGAGCUUAGGUUUUCACCUUUACCUGAUGCCAGUCAAAGUCCUUUGCAUUAUAAUUGCAAUAAAACAAAACUUGGUGGAAACACCGCUUUCGACGACAAGCCACCUUCUACACAAUUAUCAACCAAGAAACUAUCCUGCACUUCAAUAAUAUCUCAUACAGUAUCAUCUCAGUCCUCCUGUAUCACUAAUAUUUUGCAUAAAACAAAGGAACUUUAUGAUCUUAAAUGUAAGGGAACUUUAGGAAAAAAAGUCACUUUUUCUGAACUCUGUCAACUAAGACCACGAGGCAAUACGGAGAUAUCAACUUUUUUGGGUAAAGAGAAACAAUUAGAGGGAAGUUUUGAUACUAACAAGGGUUUACCAAAUGAAAGGCAGCAACUUGACUCUUAUACUUGUUUAGAAGCUGAAAAGAGACAGUGUACUAUUAAUGCGGAUUUUCACACUGGUAAUAGAAAAAUUGCAGUGUUGGCAUCCACUUUGAAGAGGAGAAAACUGAUUGCUGAAAUAGACACUGAUGCAUUCUUGACUUCUUCAAAACCUGUAUUCGUGCAGUCAUUGCCAGAAUGUGAAACAAAAUAUAUGGAAAGUGCUUUUACAGAAGGCAAGAAUACACCAUGUUCCACUAUAUCUGGUUUUGAAAUUACUAUGAAUGAAUCUUUCAAAUUGACACCAAGAUGUAUGAAUUCUCACAAGGGAAGAGAGGAAGUUAUUUCUGCCUCCAGUACUGGAGCACAAUUGUAUCAGUCUCUUGAGGUUACAGAAGAAGAUAAGAAUUCAUGCAGAAUGAAAUCUCAGAGUGCACAAGGUGAGAUCAGUUUUGUGCCGGUGACAAAAGAAACUUGUACAAUUUCAGAAAACACGCAAAAUCAGCUGAUAUCUGGAAGUUCUGAAUCUUGUCAAGAUGGGCUCGAUUGCGUGAAACCUCAACGGUGCACAGAUUUAUCAGCUGAAACCAUUUCAAAAGGAAAACUUAAAAAUGAAAACUCUUCAAAAAAUAGAUUCGGGAGCCUAGAAAGUAAUAGUCUUUUCUCUUCAGCCAAAGAGAAGAUUAAAACUAAAUCCCCUGAACCCAAAUUUACCACUGAAAAUGUUAAACAGCCCCCAUCUGCCAAUGGAGAAACAAAAACAUUUGAUUCCUCUUUAAUCUUAUCUCAGCCAAAGUUGCUUGGCAAAUGCGCGUAUUUAACUGCUAGUCAAACAGAACUGACAGAAUUGUUUCGUAUGUUAGAGGAUACAGAUAACCAGUUUGAAUGUACGCAGUUUAGUAAUCAGUCUACAGUCAAAGUAACAAGCAAAGAUACCGACCUUCUGAUUACUGAGCAUUUAGAUCAGACUUCCCCAGCUCCUAUGUGGGAAAAAUGGAAGGAUAUUAAUUUUGGUAAAAGUUUGGACAUUGAACCUUCAAUGCAUUUGGAUAACAAAUCAUGUAACUCUCAUCAGCAUACAGAGUACUCAAAAGUGAGCACCACACCUGAAAUCUGUCAUCAGAAUGUGGAAGAAACACAGCAAAUGAUGUUAAACAAACUUGCUGAUUCCUUUGUCUUGAGUAAUGAAGAGAAAGACACUGCAUCAUCUACAGUACCAAAUGUCAGUGUGAGCUGUACGGAACUUGGCUCGGAUGUUAAAAUCAAACCGCUUGGUCAGGCAGUUCAAUCCCUGAAUGAUAUGAGAUUUAAGGGGGAGUAUGGAGGAUUUUGUGCAGCAAGUGGGAAUAAAAUAAAGCUUUCAGUAGAGAGUCUGAGAAAAGCAGCAAAAAUCUUUGAGGACAUUGACAAUGAUCAAACUGCUGCUCAGAAUAAUGCAAUUAAUGAUUUUGGGUAUUUACUAGAAAAUUCUGUGACCAAGUUUGAAAAAGUAAUUCACAGUAAAUCAGAUGAUCAAAAAACUCUGAAAGCUAAUGAGUCACACCAGCUGUGUGCAGCUCUUGACUGCCAUUCUUCUGUUUUCAGUAAAAAUAGUGAGCAGAUAUUAAAGAAUGGCCAUAAAAUUGAGAUCAGUGAUAAAAACCUAAGAGGUUUCCAACCAGUGGGGUCUAGGAGGUUCGCUAAAUCAGAAGAGAGAACUCCAGAUAAAACAAUAUAUUUGACCACUGACCCAAAUGUCUUGAAAAAUUCUGACACUGAGAGCAUUGGGCAACAGAGUUCGAUUAAAAAUGCAAUUUGGGAAAAGAGUACAUGGCAGCCUUUCUACAAUGCCACAGAAGACACUGGGAACAAGGAAUUAGUUAACAGUAAAAUUGAUCCUGAAAUAAAGUGUUUCCAGACUGCAAGUAGUAAAAGAGUCACAGUGUCUGAAGGACACUUGGAUAAAGCAAAAUGUUUGUUUGAGACUGAAGAUUCCUGUAUUGCAAACUCCCAGCUAGCAGUUGAAGUAGCAAAAAAUACACAUCAACAACCUGAUGAGAGUAUAGAUAUUUUACAAAGCCAAGUGGUGAAAAAUGAUACAAGUAUGCAACUCAGCAGUCAAAGAAGGAGAAGUCAGACAGAAUUAAAUGUGACAGUUUGUCCUACAUUUAUAGUUCACUCUGACAGCAAUAUUUCUGAAACCAACUCCAUUCAAAAUAGUUCACUGUUUGCUGCUGCAGACACUGGUAUGAAAGGAUUUCAAACUGCUAGUGGUAAGUUAGUUCCUGUAUGCAAAGCAUCUCUUGACAAAGCAAGAGUUCUAUUUGCUGAGGAGGACAUAUUUCAUAAAGCAACAAAAUGUUCUGGUGAAACAUCUUCAGCUGUGUCUGCUUGUCCACAUAUUGGCUCACCAGUAAUUCAGAGUGAAAAGAAGAAACAGUUGAUGAAUGCCCACAAUCCUGAACUGCUUCACCAUAUGAAUUCUAAAAGUGAAUUGCCGCAAUUUUCUUUUCAAAGCAAACAGAUGUCCGAGCAUUUGGAUCUGUCCAACAGUACAGAAAUGAGAGGUUUCCAGACUGCUAGUGGUAAGAGAGUUAAUGUGUCAGAAAUGGCCCUAAGUAAAGGAAGGGCUUUGUUUGUUGAAGAGGACUUUGAUAAAUUGGGAAUUCCAGAUGAUUUAAUAUCAUCUGCAGGCUAUAAAAACAUGCUUUCUGAGGAAAAUAUUUUAAAUGAUAGAGAAGCUAACCUUCCACAGAGGUUAAAUAUGAUUAAUUGGAUAACUGUUCUUCCAGUUAAACAAUCGUUUGAGAUCUACACUGCAAGUGGUGACGUUGUUUCAGCAAGUGAGACAAAUUUGAAAUACAUACAUGACAAAUGUUCAGUUGAUGAGCCUGAAGACAGCAAAAUUUCAGUUUCAGAUCAAGACGAUUUUCAUGUAUUUGAGCCUUCUCAACAAUGUUUUAGUACUGGAUCUAUUGCUUUUGGCACAGCAAGUGACAAGUCUGUAUGUGUUUCAAAAGAAUGUUUGAAGAAAUGCAAACACUUAGUUAAUGAUGUGGGAGUUAAUGAAAAAUUUAAGAUUAUGGACAAUAGUGUAAACUCCAAGGAAAACAGACUUUCUGAAGAAACAUGGAAUCUAGACACCUCCAGCAAAAAAACAUCUCUUGGGUUCAGCACAGCAAGCGGAAAAUCUGUUUUUGUUUCUGAUGAUGCACUUCAGAAAGUUAACCAUAUAUUACAAGAAUUUGUCAAUAGUGAUUCUUCUUCUGUAAGCUCAAAAACUGCAUUUUGCAAAAAACCUCAGAUUCUGUUAACAUCUGCCUGUUCUUCUUUGUUCUUUAAUACUGCUAUGAGCAGAGAACAAAUAUGUGAAGAAGAAAAUUCAGAAUUGAUUCAUAAAUUAUCAAAUAAUGCUGCAGGGAAUGUUUCAGUGUUGCAAAAUUCUUCCCAGGUGGCGUUAAGUGAAAGGGAGAUCAAUAGAUCAACAAACAGUUUAGCAGAUUAUUCAAAGAAGAGUGUUUUCAUGCCUGGAUUUCAAACUGCUAAAGGAAAAGGAGUAACGGUAAAAGAAAGCAGUUUAGCUGCAGCAAGUAUGCGUUUAGAUUCAGUUGACGAUGAAGAAUUGGGCCAUUCUGCUGAGAGAGUUAAUAUGAUCACUGGAAGCAGAAUUAAAUCAACAUCCAACUUGAGCAGUGACUCUGCACAUAAAGCGUAUGCUUUGAAUUGCAAUCAUGGCAUGUAUCCCAAAGUGCCGGAAAACAACAUGGCAAAAGUGGCUGUAGAGGGUUCAGACACUCUGAAAGAAGAUGAUAAAUGUUUUGCUACUACACCUCACAAGUCCUUUCGAACAACCUAUGACUGUGCUAAUCAAUCCAUUAGACCGGACUUAAGAACAGGAAAAAGACUUCGAUCAGAAGUAAAGACUACAACGGAGGAACCUCUACCAAAAAGGCAGCUGCUGUCUGAAUUUAACAGAACUAUGCAUAGUAAUCGCAAAGUUGAAUUCAAACCUUUACUAUGUAAUCCUGAAGGAGUACUUUGUGACCGAAGGAAAUUCAUGUAUAUUGUCCCAAUGAAGUCUGUUGCUUGUGGCCUAUCUGUAGACAAAAGUGUUUCAAACAGAAUUCAUCAGCAGUCAGUUUCUCCCAAUGUCACGUUCCCAGUCCAAGAAGACUCAAUUCAGCGUAGUUUGUGCCUUCAACAUGAAGUCAGUUCACUGAAAGGACAACAUGCGGUAUUCAAACCUCCAUUCCAAAGAUACUCAAGUAAUUACAUUCCAAAGAACAGCAGCGGAUGGACUCCAUCAAAGCCAGCAAAGGUUUUUGUCCCACCAUUCAAAAUUGUUCCAAAAUCAAGUCAAAUGGAAAGCCAAGAUAAUGUGAACAUUACCGGUUCUUCAAUCCCAGCUGAAGUUGGGAUUUCAGCGAUGACAAUGAAUCCCAAUGAACUUUUGCAAGAUGAUGGCAUAUUUAAAGAUGAUACAGUACUAGUUAGCAAUGUUCAAGACGAACUCCAGUCAGUGUCUGAUACUUCAGAAGAACUUAAAGCUGCUGCUGAAGGUAUCUCUAGGAUUGUUCAGAAUUGGGGAUAUGCAAGGGAGCUGCAGGAAAUGAGGUUAAUAAAGAAGCAAAAGCAAGUUAUUCGUCCACAGCCAGGGAGUUUGUACAGGAUUAAAAGUUCUGGUGGAACAAGACUAACCCUGCACUCAGCAGUUCAAGGGAAAAUUCCAACUUCUUUCACAGAAGAGCAGCUAUACAUUAAUGGAGUGAGCAGAGGUACUUUGAAGGUACGAGCAGAAAAUGCAGAGUCAUUUCAGAUCAACAGUCGAGAAUUCUUCAGUGAAGAACUGAUUAAAACUGGAAAUGGAAUGCAGCUUGCUGAUGGUGGUUGGCUUAUACCUGACAACAAUGGAAUGGCAGGAAAAUGUGAAUUUUACAGAGCUCUCUUAGAUUCUCCUGGUGUGGAUCCCAGAUUAAUCAGUGAAGCUUGGGCUUACAACCAUUAUAGGUGGUUAGUGUGGAAAUUUGCAGCGAUGGAGACAGCGUUCCCCAAAGAGUUUGGUGGCAGAUGCCUGACACCAGAAACAAUUCUUCUGCAUCUUAAAUACAGGUAUGAUGUAGAGAUUGAUAAGUGUCAUCGAUCUGCUUUGAAGAAAAUUAUGGAAAGGGAUGAUGUGCCAGCAAAAACACUUGUAGUUUGUGUUUCUAAGAUAAUAUCAAUGGGAGUAAAAUCAUACCAAAGUAACCUGGAUCUUGAUGAUACAAUUAAACAGUCUAAAACCGUAUCUGAGAAGUGCGUCAUAGAAGCAAAGAAGGACAUGUGCUUCGGAGUUGUUGAAGUCACUGAUGGCUGGUACGGAAUUAAGGCCCUUCUGGAUCUUCCACUCACAACACUUUUGCAGAAAAGAAGACUUGUAGUUGGUCAAAAGAUUGUUGUCCAUGGCGCAGAACUUAUUGGGUCACAGGAUGCUUGUACACCUCUGGAAGCGCCAGAAACACUCAUGAUAAAGAUUUCAGCCAAUGGUACCAGACCAGCUCGAUGGAAUGCUAAGCUAGGAUUUCAUCGUGAUCCUCGACCUUUCCCAUUACCAAUAUCUUCCCUGUUUACUGAAGGUGGAAUGGUUGGUUGUGUUGAUGUGAUUGUUGUUCGAAUUUAUCCUGUACAGUGGAUGGAAAAGAAAUCCAACGGAACAUACAUAUUCCGGAAUGAACGGGCUGAAGAACGAGAGGCUCAAAUACAUCAUGAAGAUCACCAGAGAAAGCUCGAACUGUUGUAUGCCAAAACCGAGGCUGAACUACAGGAACAAUAUGGAGUUGACCAAAAGAAAAAGAGAGAACACAAAGUGCCGAAGUUAAGUGACCAACAGAUCAUGAUACUUCAGGAUGGCGUAGAUUUGUUUGAAGCAAUUCAGAAUUCUUCAGAUCCAUUAUCUGUUGAGGGCUAUUUAAAUGAACAACAGUUGAGAGCCCUGAAUAACUAUAGACAAUUGUUGAAUGAACAAAAACAAGCCCAGAUUGAGGCCGAGUUCAAAAAAGCAUUAGAAAGUGCUCAACAUGAAAACAGCUGCACAAAAAGGGAUGUCAGCCUGGUGUGGAAACUCAGCGUUGUGGACUACAAAAAUCAGGACAGUAAUGCAGUUUACAUGUUAAAUAUCUGGCGCCCAGUUGCUGAAUUACAUUGCCUCCUGAAGGAGGGUGGAAGGUAUCAUCUCUGUUAUUUGACAACCUCAUCAUACAAGAAUCGGUUAAACCAUGCUGAUCUGCAGUUGACUGCUACAAAGAAAACUAGAUACCGACAGCUGCAGCCAUCUCCUGAAGUGUUGAAUAAACUCUAUCAACCUAGGCAGGCAGUGACCUAUAGAAUGCUCCUUGAUCCAUUCUUUAGAGCCUUCUGCAACGAGGUGGACCUAGCAGGAUAUGUGAUCCACAUUUUGGGAAAAUCAGAUGCACCUACAACCGUGUACCUGGCUGAUGAGAAUCAGGACCUGGUGGCUGUAAAGAUUUGGGGAUGUUUAAGUCAGCUGGCUUUGGAAGAUAUCAUCAAACCAGGUGUCUUAGUUGGUGCAAGCAAUUUACAGUGGACAUCAAGUAGUUACAUGGGAAUUCCUACUCUAUCCACCGGGGAUCUUUCCAGUUUCUCUGCAAAUCCAAAAGAAGGACAUCUGCGGAAAAAGUACACUGAACUAAAACUUUCUGUGCAGAAUCUACAAAGUUUCAUUAAGAAUACUAAGGAAAGGGUGAUGACUGUGCUUGAAACAGUAAAUGCUGUAAGGACAUCUAGAGAGUUUGGUUCUGACCUACUUAAUCCUACUCAAAGGAAAACGGGCUUUGUUCCAGUUAGUAGCACUCCGCUUUCUCCAUCUAACUCUGAAAGUAAGCCACAGAUACUUUCAGCAUCGGUAGAACUUGCAUCCAGACCUGCAUUGUCUAGCACAAAAGCAACAUCUGAUGAUUCACUUGCAAAUUUGAAGAAGAAAAAACUUAGUUUUUUGUCUCGGAUCCCUUCUCCUGUCCCGUUGUCUCCUCUUUGUAGUUCUGUUUCACCAGCUGUACAGAAAGGAUUUAAACCACCCAGGAGAUGUAUUACCCCUCAAAGACAUGAAGAAACAAUUCAAACUGGAACUAAUAAACUUUCCUCUUUGAAGACAAUUGCAGUUUCCAAAAUAGCAGAUGAUAAUUGGGUCACAGAUGAAGAACUUGCAAUGAUAAACACUCAGGCACUUCGUGAAGGUUGGGAAAAUGGGCACAGUGAAAAUGAGGAAGGCAAGGUUACUAAGGCACAAAUUAUCAUUCCAAAGGGUAUUACCUUUUUAUCUGACAAUAUUAAAAGUCACCUUGAUGUUAAUCUUGGAUCUCAAACUUCAAAGAUAGCUGAGGACAACUGGGUUACUGAUGAGGAACUUGCAAUGAUAAAUACACAGGCACUUUUUGAAGGUUGCGCUCAUGAGAGCAAUCAAAGGGACAGAGGAAAGGUUCAAAAAUCGCAAAUUGUCAAUACUAGAAACCUUGCUUUAUUGUCACAAAAUGGUGAAUUUAGGAGCAAAGAUUCCAUGAUUAUUGAUGAUUGGGUUGCGGAUGAAGAACUUGCAGUGAUAAAUAGUCAAGUGUCUUGUGAAGGUUCUGUUAAUGGGAGCUGUGAAAAUAACAAUGACUCAUGUGAAAAGGUACAAGCUGUUGGUUCUAAUGACUCUACAUCUUUGCAGCAAAAUGAUGAAAUACCUCUUGAACGUGAAUUUGAGACUAUCAUUGUUUUGCCAAAUCCAAGCUCAUCUGUUGUCUCGCAGUCAAAACGAAGGCGCACAAAUGAAAACACUUGCUCUUCUUUCAGACUGACUGACCCUACACAAAACAAUGGCAGUGACAAAGUUGAAGCUCAGGUUGAGGGUGAUUUACAAAACAAACAGGUUUUUCCUUAUAAACGGCAUAGGAAUAGCAAAUGAAAAUUGAAGUUUUUUUCCACUACAUUUAGAGUACAUAUUAUUAAG